GCCGGGUGGUGACGCGUUAGGUAGCUGCCGAGGCGUCCGGCGGUCGGCCGGGCAGGUUGCGAGAGAUGGCGGAGUAUCUGGCCUCCAUCUUCGGUACCGAAAAAGACAAAGUCAACUGUUCUUUUUAUUUCAAAAUUGGAGCAUGUCGUCAUGGAGAUCGGUGUUCUCGAUUGCACAAUAAACCAACUUUUAGCCAGACAACUUGAUAUUAAGAAGAACGGUACAAAUACCAUCUUGAUUCAAAACAUCUAUCGUAAUCCCCAAAACAGUGCACAGACGGCUGACGGCUCACACUGUGCUGUGAGCGAUGUUGAAAUGCAGGAACAUUAUGAUGAAUUCUUUGAGGAGGUUUUUACAGAAAUGGAAGAAAAAUAUGGUGAAGUAGAAGAGAUGAAUGUGUGUGAUAACCUUGGAGAUCAUUUGGUUGGAAAUGUAUAUGUAAAGUUUCGACGUGAAGAAGAUGCAGAAAAGGCUGUGAUUGACCUGAACAACCGGUGGUUUAAUGGGCAGCCGAUUCAUGCUGAGCUCUCCCCUGUGACAGAUUUCAGAGAAGCUUGCUGCCGCCAAUAUGAAAUGGGGGAGUGUACACGAGGAGGUUUCUGUAACUUUAUGCAUUUGAAACCCAUUUCUCGAGAAUUGCGACGUGAGUUGUAUGGCCGCCGCCGCAAGAAGACAUUUAAAACAAAAAUACAAUCCUCUUUUGGCAUCAAUGAAAAGUUAAGUUUUCCCACUAAAGUGCCUGGAAUAUCACAGAUGCAUAGAUCCAGGUCGAGGUCCCGUGAGCGUCGCUCUAGAUCUAGAGAUCGUGGUCGUGGAGGUGGAGGCGGUGGUGGUGGUGGAGGUGGAGGCGGAGGAGGAGGAGGAGGAGGAGGCGGCCGAGAGCGUGAUAGAAGGCGGUCAAGAGAUCGUGAAAGAUCUGGACGAUUCUGAGCCAUGCCAUUUCUACCUUGUCUGUUAGAAAGUGUUGUAGUUGAUUGACCAAACAAGUUCAUAAUGGAAAUUUUUUUAAAAAGAUGGGCUUCUGAAUAAAAAUUUGUAGUGAUACAGUUUUCUUUGCGUAACUGAUUUCUUAUAAAAAAAUGUCUCUUCAUCAUUUGCUUUGACCUUAAUGGAUGAUUGGGAUAAUAAUUGCAAUGUACUGCAGAUAAGCUGUUUUUUACAUUUGGAUAUGGAUGAAGUUGUUAGUGUAUAUAAUAUAUUAAAACAUUAUAUACAUUAAAAUAUUAUAUACAUUAAAUAUGCUUAAACAUUUACUUGUUUAAGCUUCCCUCUUCUGUUAUGCUGUCUGCUUAUUUAGGUUAGCUUAGGCACAUCUAAAAGAAAGCUGUGCAAGGAGAAUUUCUUUACUCAGUCAAAUUGCUUAGCGCAUAAACCUGUAUGUUUCUUUGUUACUAAAACAUCUGUGAAUGUGGCAUUUACAAUAAAUACAAUUUUUGAAUUAAAAA